AUGGAAGCCUCGUACUUCACAGACGCUGGUGUUCUCAUCCGUGGCCGCGUCGGCUCCCUCCCGACGUCCCCGACACUCGUCGUCAACAUCGUCCUUCGCCUCAUCCUGUGCCCCAUUGCCAUUGUCUUGACGUGGGUGCCGCUGCGACUGCUGUGGCGUAAUGGCGAGUUCCCCGCGUGUGUCUUCGUCAUCAAUCUCUGGCUGCUCAUUCUCUUUGUGUUUGUCAACGCCGCCAUCUGGCACAACCAGGACUUUUCCAGCUGGUGGCUCGGCUAUGGCUGGUGCGACCUGCAGUCCUUUGUCCAGUACGCGUUUGUUACAGUCUACAGCACCAGUGUCUGUGCCAUCAUGCAGCGCCUCUCAAAACAGGUCGGCCUGACACGCGUGACUGGUCUGUCGCCGCGCGAGAAGCACAAACGUCUGAUUGCACAGUCGCUCAUCAUCUUUCCGGUGCCCUUUCUGCAGAUCAUUCUCACGAUUUUCGUGCAGGGCAUACGGUUUGGCAUUGCCCCGGCCAGUGGCUGUACCAAUGAGUAUGAUGCGACGGCACUUUUCCUCGUCUUUUAUAUCCUGCCACCCCUGCUGUAUACCAUGGUCGCCUGCUACUAUACGUUCCAAACAUACCGCCGCUUCCGCCAGGUCGACGAGAGCUCUCGCGCUGCUCUCGGCAGCACCAACUCUGUUGCCUACGCUCGUCGCCAGCGCGCCCGGCGCAAGCUGUACUUUAUGGUCCUGUGUAUCCUGGUACCAUACACGCCCUUAAUUGCGGCCUUUUGCGCCAUCAACAUCAUCAUGGGAUUGCCGUGGAACUAUCCGUCUGACUUUGAGACCAACCACUACCACGGCCCCAAUCCCUACAACACCAUUUAUGUGCUCUCGGACAAGGACGCUGGCUUUAUGGCAAUCAACAUGGGCUGGAUCCCCGUCGUCAGCGCAUUUAUCGCAUUCGUUUUCUUCGGCACAUCCAAGGAGGCCAUCAACGUCUACCGCACGUACCUGCUGGCCAUCGGCUUCGGUCGCUUCUUCCCGGGUCUACACGAGCCGUACGACCCCGACCGGUCGAUGAUUGACGCGACCAAUUCCAACACGUCCUACGGAUCCAAUGCGACCACGCAGAUAUCGACUUUGGACUCUAUCACUCAAUCACGCAAAGGAUCCGGCGUGCCAGUCUACCCAGCAGUCCCAACGUCUGCGGAAGAGGCCUCAGACUUACGCUCGCCACGCUUCUCUUCCUUUUUCCACCGCAUGUUCCACAAGGGUUCGACUGCCUCUGCAGACAACACAAGAGACGUAGAGCUCGCUACGGCGGCACGAGACGACUUCCCUGCGCCACCUGCAGCCGCAGCACCGGCAUCGAGAGUGCUGUUCAACCCGGGUUUCAACUGGUUCACACCGCCCGUGGCCUUCCAUCAGUCGCCCUCGGUUGCAUGGAGCCCCAUUGCGUAUGCGGUCGCCGAGGCCGCCCAAAACCAGAACCUACAGCAACAGCGGGAUGUUGAAACUACCAUUGGACCCGUCGCCAGCCCUCCUCACCCUCCCACCUCGUCAGCUUCUACCGCCGCGUCCACGGCGCCUAUGUUGGCAUCGGUGCAACAAACGACAGGUGGGCAAGACCGCGUCCAUUUCUGUCUCCCCAACACUCGGCCGUUUGACGGCACCCGUACCAGCAGCAUCGGCGGUCGCGCCAUCAACACGCACGUCUGGUCCGAAGGAAGCAGCGAUGAGUCUACGCCUCUUCCUGGGUCGACCCCGUCUCUGGGAAACACGGCAGAGGGUGGCGGGGCCGGCGACGACGGCCGCGGCUGCAAGAGUGAGGAUAACCUCGGUGACCAGCAGGGCGUCCGCGUAGAGCGGAGCAUUACCACGAGCGAGGUGAUUCGCAAGUUUUAG